AUGUCGACAGGAACCUCCAAGCAGGUACUGAGUAUAGAUCGAGGUAUACCUGUUCUAGGGGAGGAGAACUUUGAUGAUCCGUUCUUGAACCAGCUCUCUGACGCUGAACUAUCCGGACUCCAUCAGACAACUCCUGACUAUUUCUCUGACUCUUCGAACCAUUAUCAACAACCAGAGGUUUCUACAAACCCCAGUGACCUCACAUCACCCUCUUCCCAACUAGAUUUUCUGAGCUCUACCGAACACACUGAGCACGGUCUGAGUGAUUUCACACGCUUGACUUCGCCAGACUUUGAUGCUUCUUUCUUUGCCUCUGCAGACCCUCAUUUGAAGGCAGAAGUGGCGGAUGAUACUAGGGUGCUCUGGGUCAACCCUCAUGAUAUCGACAAGAAUUCACCUGACGGAAAUAACUAUACGCCACAGAAGAGAUAUGUCGGAGCUGGGACUGGGGCUUCGCAGCUUCUGAGUCCUGUACCCACAAAUACACCAAGUCCCAUUAUUAACCCACAGGUUGAUCAGCGUGGGCAAUACUCAACCAACGAACAAACCGCCGUCUCCCCCCAGUCCAUGACGGGUGACAAACCGUCACGAAUGACUGCCACCUCGUCCCAUAACCCACCUACACUCAUCACCCCCAAUAAUACGAGCAAGUUGCACCCUUCAAAUAUCCAGCCUGGUAUGGAUCAUCAGGCCAGCCCUAUUGUGAAGGUAUCGAGCUUCACCCGAGGUGAUUCUCCAUCAAGAGCGGGCGACCAACUAAACCACGCAUCAAAGCAGUCCACAAUGGAUAGCGGACGCCUCUCUCCUGCCAGGGAGACCCGAGAAACCUUCUUCGAUAGCGAUGAUGAUGAAGAUGAAGAGGAAAACGACAACCAUAAUAACCAGAAGAAGCCCUUUUCAAUUCCACCUCCCGCAAGACGGCUUGAUGAUGGCAGUUGGUCCAAAAAUCCAACUACAGGACAUGGUGGACUGGACCCCACCGCAAGAGAAGAUGUUUACGUUCCAAGUUUAAAGGAGUUAGCUGCGCAACGGGAGAGAGAUGAGAGGAACGCCGAGGUUGCACAAUGGAUAACGCAUAGCGAAGCACAUGGCGAUGUUGAUGACAAUAAACUUUGGAACUUCCGGUCGCGGCGCAAAAACAAGUCUGAUAAGAACAAACGGCGGGCUAAGAGCGCGGGAGACCCUUUCUUAGGCGCACAAGACGGUUUCAGUUCUAGGUUUGCGUAUCAAGAUUUUGACGACUCUGCCAUCCCCGGCCCUGGAGUGCUUAUUGAUGAGGAUAGUGGCAUGGAAGAUGAUGAAGAUGACUCCUCUGCUGCAUCAUCCAGUGUUCCAGAGUCACCUCCAGCCAGCGUCCAUCCCGAACUUGUGGAUGAUGAUGAAUAUAAUGCUCCUACUACUAUCCCUGAUGCAGAACUUGAGCCACUACCAAAUCAAUUUCUUCGCGCUCGUCCAUGGCAGGAUUCAAUAAGGAAUACCCGUGACGGCACCACAAAGUUCCAGCCUACAACAUCCAAUGCUGCUAUCAUGCGUUUCUUAAAACGGGCUGACAGUACCGACACUGCUUCUCGUGCUGCCACCUGGGGAACGCGCGGUCCUAGUGAAUGUGACGUUGAGAGUAUCAUUGGCCCGAACGGUCGGUUUAGCACAAUCCGAAUUAGUGAAAAGAAAAAGGACAAGCCUAUGAGGAGAAACAGCCUUCUUGAACACGCGAGAGGAUUUUUGCCCAAACGGAGCAAUAGUAGCUCAAAACGAAAACAUCAGCUGGAUUCGAGUCAACGAAGCCUAACACCAGAGCAACCACCUCCAUCCUCUUCUGAUGGCGCUGCACAAAGCACCAGCUCCCUUGUUCCUCAGCGCAAGUCCAGCUUUAACAAGGGCAACAAACAUAACACAGGAGGCGCUAUACUUGCAAUGACCGGACAAAUGGCUACCGUUGGGCGUGGUGGAGGUGUUGGUGUCCCGUCACCCGCGGUGACAGCUUCGAAUACUCCUUGGAGCCAUAUUAAACGACGCAGCCGAAGCAAAAGUGACCUCACCAAAGGUGAAGGUCCCGGAGGUUUACUUGACCUUAUAGGAACUCAUGGAGGACCGCCCAUCCCUACUCUUGCGUCCCCGAAACGAGAGAAGGGGGCCAGUGCAAGCCCUCUUCAAUCUAGAUCUCCUCACGAUAAACCCGAGGAAAAUGAUCUCGAAGGAGACGAUGACGAUGAUGAUAUGGGCAACGAAAAUGGAGUCACGAUGGAGUUCCCGGUUCGAUCUGACCCGAUUGUGCCAACGCUCGAAGGAUUCAAAACCCACGUCAGACAGCUCAACCCUCGACUGCAACCUGCAUUAAUCGAGAGAAUUGGGCAAGAACAAGUCCGGCGAUAUAAGAGAUUGGUCGAACUAAGGUUGAAGCACACACAAAACGUUAGCAAGAACAGCUGCAGUGCGGGAAAGCACUGCUUUGCCCAAGGAGGUGAAGCCGUCAUGUUACCACCUAGAACCAGCCCCAAAGACCCCGAAGCUACAUACGCUCAGUUCCAAGUUCCUGGAGCGGCGGUUACUCCCGAGGAUUUGGCAUCUUUUGGUGAAGGUGCUAUCACGCCCGCCUUAUUCCCCCCUGGGGUUCCUCUACCGCCUGUCAGGCGUCUUCCUGCCGAGUUUGAGUGCUCUCUAUGCUUCAAAGUUAGGAAAUUUUUGAAACCUUCCGAUUGGACAAAACAUGUUCACGAGGACGUCCAACCUUUCACUUGCACCUUUCCAGACUGCACAGAACCAAAAUCAUUCAAACGAAAAGCUGAUUGGGUGCGACACGAGAGCGAACGACAUCGCCAUCUAGAGUGGUGGACAUGCAACAUGCCAGACUGCUCCCAUACUUGCUUCCGCAAAGACAAUUUCGUCCAACAUCUUGUGCGGGAGCAUAAGAUGCCUGAGCCAAAGGUGAAAGCAACAAAGAUCAAGAGCAAAAAUCAGCAACAAGAUGGUAACGGCAACUCUCAUGAAGCCACUUCCCACGCCCAGGCCGUAGAGCAGGUUUGGAGGCUGGUCGAGAUUUGCCGCCAAGUUACGACUAAGCAACCGACGGACGAGGCCUGCCGGUUCUGCGGAAAUGUAUGCAAUAGCUGGAAGAAAUUAACAGUCCAUAUGGCUAAGCAUAUGGAACAAAUCGCAAUGCCCGUGCUGGAACUGGUUAACGAUAAAACAUCCAGUGGAGGUGCCAUUGGGUCUUUGGGCCACGCAGCGACUACACCACAAUCCCAGAGGAACAUGUGGACUCCAACCAACCACGCGAACCAUAGUGUAGAGAGCACGCAGACCACUCGUGCACCAAAGCCCAUUACCUACGGUACCGAUGCUCUCUUGACUGAGGCAUUUGGACUGCCCCGUGAGCCGGUACCCAGGGAAGCACCCCAGCAGCAAACCCCUGAAUACGCAGUCUUGUCGCGAGCCAACCUAAAGCAGCAGCAAUACUCAGUUGGGCGCUCAUACACCAUGUCUCCGUAUCUGCAAGCCCAACAACACUAUCAUCAAGCGCAGAGUCACACUCAUAAGCAAUACUCCAACCACCUCAAUUCCGCCUCGUACCCUCCGGCCUUCUCUACUCUGCCUCAAGACCAACAAUCCAUUAAUGGACUUCCCAUGCUCCAGCCCCUUGCAGAACAAGGAGAACCUGCUAUAUCUGGCAACGAUAUGUACGGCGAUAUGGGUGGCAUAUCUUCCAAUGCGCCAAUCCUAGACACUAAGUUCGAAGGGGAGCAAAUUUUCGCUUCCCCGGUCGAUAAUGGAUCUUAUAUGUAUGCGCCGACGGGCCAGGAGGGCUUAGAAUACAGCAUGGGUGAUAAUGGGAUGACCUAUCACCCCAUGAUGAACACCGUAAAUGGUGGAUUCAUACAAAAUCCGCAGUAUAAUCAUGGGAGCUAG